GUUGUCUCAAGUCACCUUAUAAUAUACAAAAGCUCUAUAGUAAUUGAUUAUCCUCGUAACAAUAACGUAUGAUCAAAAAGAUAUGGGGAAAUACUCUGUUUUGAUGAUCUUUAUCGCUUCUUCUCUUCUUAUUGUCCUUCAAAACGUGGAAAUCGUUAACGCCGUCGGAUGUACCGGAAGCUUCUUCAACGGUAAUAGCAGCUACGCUCAGAAUCGCCGCGAUCUCUUCUCUACUCUUCCUAAUAAAGUCGUCACCAACGGUGGAUUCUACAACUCUUCACUCGGCAAAAGUCCCAACAUAGUUCAUGCUGUUGCUCUCUGCGGAAGAGGAUACGAGCAACAAGCUUGUAUCAGGUGUGUCGACAGUGCGAUACAGGGUAUACUAACGACAACGAGUUGUCUAAACCGCGUGGAUUCAUUCACGUGGGACAAAGACGAGGAAGACAAUGUUUCUUGUCUUGUAAGUACCUCAAACCACUCAACUUUUGGGAACCUCGAGCUUAGACCUUCUGUUAGAUACCAAAGUCCGAAUAGUAUCGAGCCAUCGAAAAACAUGACUCUUUUCGAACAAGAAUGGAAUGCAAUGGCUAAUCGGACCGUCGAGUCUGCCACAGAAGCUGAAACUUCCUCGGUACUUAAGUACUAUAGUGCCGAAAAAGCCGAGUUCACAGAGUUUCCAAAUGUUUACAUGCUGAUGCAAUGCACACCCGACAUAACUUCCCAAGAUUGCAAAACAUGUCUGGGAGAAUGCGUGACGCUUUUCAAAGAACAGGUUUGGGGAAGACAAGGAGGCGAGGUUUAUCGUCCGAGCUGUUUUUUCAGGUGGGAUCUAUAUGCUUUCCAUGGUGCUUUUGAUAAUGUAACAAGAGUUCCUGCGCCUCCUCGACCUCAAGCUCAGGGAAACGAGAGCUCUAUAACAAAAAAGAAAGGAAGAAGCAUUGGAUAUGGUGGAAUUAUUGCAAUAGUUGUGGUUCUUACUUUCAUUAAUAUUUUGGUGUUUAUUGGCUAUAUCAAAGUCUAUGGACGUAGGAAAGAAUCAUACAACAAAAUCAAUGUUGGAAGUGCAGAGUACUCUGAUUCUGAUGGUCAAUUCAUGUUACGGUUUGAUCUUGGUAUGGUCUUAGCGGCUACCGAUGAAUUCUCAUCGGAAAAUACGCUUGGCCAAGGUGGAUUUGGUACGGUCUAUAAGGGGACAUUACUAAACGGGCAAGAGGUAGCGGUGAAGAGGUUAACAAAAGGUUCAGGACAAGGAGAUAUAGAGUUCAAGAAUGAGGUUUCGCUAUUGACAAGACUCCAGCAUAGGAAUCUAGUUAAGCUUCUUGGAUUUUGUAAUGAAGGAGAUGAACAGAUUCUUGUUUACGAGUUCGUUCCCAAUUCAAGUCUUGAUCACUUUAUCUUCGAUGAUGAGAAGCGUUCACUUCUUACAUGGGAGAUGAGAUACAGAAUUAUAGAAGGCAUUGCUCGAGGUCUUCUUUAUCUUCAUGAAGACUCGCAGCUAAAGAUUAUUCACCGAGACUUGAAGGCAAGCAACAUACUUUUAGACGCAGAGAUGAACCCUAAAGUUGCAGAUUUCGGGACAGCGAGGUUGUUCGACUCCGAUGAGACUCGAGCUGAAACAAAAAGAAUAGCUGGAACCCGUGGAUAUAUGGCUCCUGAAUACUUGAAUCAUGGACAAAUCUCAGCUAAAUCUGACGUUUAUAGCUUCGGUGUUAUGCUUCUAGAGAUGAUUAGUGGUGAAAGAAACAAUAGCUUCGAAGGAGAAGGACUUGCAGCUUUUGUAAGCUUCUUCACAUAUAUAUAUUUUUUUGAAUACCAGGAGGUUCUGGGCCGAAACCACAGCAUGUAAUAUUAGUUUCGUCCCAAGCGUCACUCGAACCGGCGACCUCUAAGUUUCUUCACAUAUCAGUUUUUGUUUUUCUAAUCUUCAAAAACUUUUGGUGUAGGCAUGGAAAAGAUGGGUUGAAGGAAAGCCUGAGAUUAUAAUUGAUCCGUUCUUAAUAGAGAAACCAAGAAAUGAGAUCAUAAAGUUGAUCCAAAUUGGUUUGUUGUGUGUUCAAGAGAAUCCAACAAAGAGACCAACAAUGAGCUCUGUAAUAAUUUGGCUUGGUAGUGAGACAAAUAUCAUUCCUUUACCUAAAGCUCCUGCUUUCACUGGAAGUCGAUCCCAAUCUGAAAUUGGUGCAAUGUCAAUGAGCGACGAUGUCUUCACGGAGUUAAGUUGUCGUUGAGUUAAUCAGAAUGUUGGUUCCAAAAGGGAGUUAUCGUUAGUUCAAUUAGCUAAUUCAAAUGUGCUUUUUAAAGUAUAUGUUGUGUAUGUCAUCUAAUAGUAAUACUUUUAGGUAUUUUGAGUGAAUGUAAGGAGAUGAAAAAAUUGUAUGAAUUAUUUAUACAUUUUUGUUUUAAAACUACC